CCGUCGUCUGGUCCGCGCGGUCCAAGCCCCCCUCUCCCGGAAAGAAAAAUAAAAGGAAGCAACUGCAAAGGGAGCGGCCUUUCUCCGCCGAAUCGCCGGACCCGCGCGCGCGAGCUCGUCCUGGCAUGCUGCCGAUCCGCGGCCGGCAGCAGCACCAGCAGCAGCUUCGCCGCUCCCCCCUCCCCUGACCGGCCUUGGCUCGGCCAGGCGCGAGAUUCGGGGGAGGAGCGGCGGCGGCCGCCAUGUUUGGGUCCAGGGCCCAGGAUGGGGUGGAGAUGCAGCAGCGGCGGACGACCAACAGGAUCUUUCCCGACGAGAGGCAAGACCAAUCCAAGAUGCCGUUUCAAGCCGGACGGGUCGACAGGUUCGCUGCCAACAGGAUAGAUCCAAAGACCCUUGAGAAGCUCAAAUUGAUGAACGAGGGCAACGUACCGUGGCACAGUCGCAUCCUGGACCCCAGAAGCAGCGUGCUGCUGACAUGGAACAGGGUGUACCUGGUUGCCUGUCUCUUCGCCCUCUUCAUCGACCCUUUCUUCUACUACCUGCCGUUUGUCAGAGUGAUGGACAAAAGCACUGGUGUUUCGUGUGUUGCCGAGGACCAACGAUUGAGAAAUACUAUGACCGUUCUGCGGACACUCGCUGACUUGUUUUAUGUGCUCAACAUUGCGAUCAAGUUCCAUACCGCAUAUGUAGACCCAAAGUCCAGAGUCCUUGGGAAGGGAGAGCUUGUUGUGGAUCUAAAGAAGAUUCAAAGAAGAUAUGCAAGAUCAGAUCUCUGUAUAGACAUACUUGCAGCCAUACCACUUCCACAGGUUACUGUUUGGUUAAUCAUGCCUGGGAUUAAACGCUCAGAUUAUAAUAUCCAAAAUACUACAUAUGCUGUUAUUAUUUUGGUUCAGUAUGUCUUAAGAAUGUAUCUCAUUGUACCUUUAAGCAAUCAAAUCAUCAAAGCUGCCGGAGUAGUUGCAAAGUCAGCCUGGGGAGGAGCAGCAUACAAUCUUCUGCUCUACAUGCUUGCAAGCCAUAUUACUGGGGCAAUAUACUAUCUUCUCUCCAUUGAACGGCAGAUUACAUGUUGGAAUCAGCAGUGCCUUGCUGAGUCUAGCAAUAUGUCUUGUAACAUUGGGUUUAUAAGUUGUGAGAAUACUGGUUUGAACAGUUAUCGUGAGUGGCAAAGUAAAACGCAGAUAUUUAACAACUGUGAUGCCACUGCUGAUCCUCCAAAAUUUAAUUACGGAAUGUUCUCGAGUGCAUUGACUAAGCGUGCUGUCUCAACUUCAUUCCAAGAGAAGUACUUCUAUUGUCUGUGGUGGGGUUUGUUGCAACUUAGUUCAAGCGGAAAUCCUCUUCAAACAAGUGCAUUCAUUGUAGAGAACAUAUUUGCUAUAGCAAUUGGUGCUAUCAGUCUCAUACUCUUUGCUCAGCUGAUUGGCAAAAUGCAGACAUACUUGCAAUCUGUUAGCAAAAGGCUCGAAGAGUGGAGGCUGAGGCAACGGGACAUGGAGGAGUGGAUGAGACAUCACCGGCUCCCACCCGACCUUCAAGAACGUGUCCAGCGGUUUGUUCAAGUUAAAUGGCUUGCAACGCGUGGAGUGGAAGAAGAAUCCAUCUUGCAAGCUUUGCCGGCUGACAUACGUCGGGAUGUACAGCGCCAUCUUUGUUUGGAUCUUGUUCGACGCGUCCCUUUCUUCGCCGAGAUGGACGAUCAGCUCCUGGACGCCAUCUGCGAGCGUCUGGUGUCGUUCCUGUGCCCGGAGGGUACGUACAUCUCCCGCGAGGGCGACCCUGUGAGCGAGAUGCUCUUCAUCAUCCGCGGCAAGCUGGAGAGCUCCACGACCAACGGAGGCCGGAGCAACUUCUUCAACUCCAUCCUCCUGCGCCCCGGUGAAUUCGCCGGCGAGGAGCUGCUCACCUGGGCCCUGCUGCCCAAGACCAACAUCCACUUCCCGCUCUCCACGAGGACCGUCCGGAGCCUGACGGAGGUGGAGGCCUUCGCGCUGCGCGCCGAGGACCUCAAGUUCGUGGCGAACCAGUUCCGGCGGCUCCACAGCAAGAAGCUCCAGCACACGUUCCGGUUCUACUCCCACCACUGGAGGACGUGGGGCGCCUGCUUCAUCCAGGCGGCGUGGCGGCAGCACCAGCGGAGGAAGCUGUCGGAGAGCCUCAGCCGGUGGGAGUCCUACUCGUGGUGGUCCGAGGAGCACCCGGCCGCCGACAAGCCCAAGCAGGAGGGCACCUCCAGGACCGCCGCCGAGAUGCACAAGUUCGCCUCCGCGUCCAGGAGGUUCCGUGCCGACGACACCAUGAUCCGCAGGCUGCAGAAGCCCGACGAGCCCGACUUCUCCGCCGACCAUUUCGACUGAAGCCAUCAUCUCGCUCUCCGAUGCGUGACACAUAUUGUUGUUCCCAAUACCUGUUUUUGUUGUAAAUCUAGUACAGUACAUAAGAAGAAAUGUUGGAGUUUUCAGUGCCAUAGAUCAUCCAUAUACUACCCUACUAAUGUAUAACACACAUCCCUUCGUGUAUGUCACUGUAACAAUAUGAACUUGAGUUCUGAAUGGA